AUGGGUGCCCUGUGUACGUUUACCGGUAUCAUCAUCGCCGCAGUUCUCCAGCUUGCUGCGUUUCUCUGUGUCCUCGUCGCCACGCCCAUCUCGCAGUUCGACGUUAAGGACGGUUCAGGAUGUUACACCUUCUUUGGAUAUAAAACGGCCUGCAGCCUAUCUGCCCUUUCCGAGAUUGGAACGGCUGCCUUUGGUUGCAAGCAGCGCCGCGACACCAUGAGCACUGGCGCCGCCUUCGCCAUCAUCUCCAUCUUCACAACGCUUGUGGCCCUUGUGUUCAUGGGCCUAAUGCUGCUGCGCAUCCCAUGCGCGAUGUUUCCUCCUCUCCUCUUCACCUGCCUAUCUGUUUUUACAACCUUGAUCAGCUGGGCUUGCGUGGCCAGCGUGUACAGCAUGAACAUGUGCAACGGCCCCUUCUACCGCUUUGUCCACUACGGCCCUGGCUUUGGGCUGAUUGUGGCGGCAUGGUGCCUUCAGACUAUCAACGUGGUGGUGCUCUUCAUGCUUUUCUUCGGCUGA